AUGUUACCUGCUGGAAAAGGGGUCCUGCCUAAAAGUGCUUGUGGGGAAGGGGUGGCUGCCUGUUACCCUUGCAAGGAGGGUUUUCUGGGUGGAAGAGUGGAGGCUAAGAUAGCUGUCACUUUUCAGCAGAUGGAGAGACUCUCUCACUCCUGCUGGGACAAGGGUGAUAGAGCUCUGCUCCUGGGUUCACAACAACAGGUAACCAAGAGACUUCGAGUCCCUAUUAACAAACAAUAUCAACAGAAGCUUAAGGAAGAGAAAAGUAAUGUCUUUCACGGGUUCACACAUUUUUUUCUCCUCCUGGUCUUUCUCUACUUUUUUAUCUGCUCCUUGGACGUUCUCAGCAGUGCCUUCCAGCUGGUUGGAGGAAAAGCAGCUGGUGUACUUUUCUAUAAAGGUUCGAUCAUUUACAAUCCUGUGGCUGGCAUGAUGAUUGGUGUGCUGGUGACCGUCAUGGUGCAAAGUUCCAGCACAUCUACAUCCAUCGUUGUCAGCAUGGUGUCCUCUUCAUUGUUGACAGUAGAGGCAGCAAUUCCCAUUAUCAUGGGAGCCAAUAUUGGGACUUCAAUCACCAAUACCAUGGUGGCUCUCAUGCAGGCUGCAGACAGGGAAGAAUUUCGAAGGGCUUUUGCAGGAGCGACUGUCCAUGAUUUUUUUAACUGGUUGUCAGUGCUGGUGCUGCUGCCUCUAGAGGUGAUCACAGCCUACCUCUUCCAUCUCACCAAUAUCAUAAUAAUGUCCUCUAAUAUCAAGCGUGGAGAAGAUGCCCCUGAACUCUUGAAAGUCAUCACGCAGCCCUUCACAAAACGUAUUGUGCAGCUGAAUAAAAAAAUCCUGAUUGAAAUUGCCACAGGAAAUGAGGUGGCAAAAAACAAGAGCCUGGUAAAGAUUUGGUGUAAAACUUUUAAAAAUAUGACUAUAAGCAACGUUACCAUUCCCUCACCAGAAAAUUGUACCUCUCCCCGUCUGUGCUGGACUGAUGGGAACAUGACCUGGACCCUCAUAAAUAUAUCAUAUAAAAAGAACGUUGAAAAGUGCAAUCACUUAUUUGUGGGUGUCAAACUCUCUGAUACCAGCAUUGGACUUAUCCUUCUACCUAUCUCCUUGAUGGUCCUGUGCACCUGUUUGAUCUUGAUUGUCAAGGUUUUGAACUCUGCACUCAAGGGACCAGUUGCUACAAUGCUUAAGAAGACCAUCAAUACAGAUUUCCCCUCCCCUUUUGCCUGGCUGUCAGGCUACUUUGCCAUUCUUGUUGGAGCUGUUUUGACCUUUAUUGUGCAGAGUAGCUCUGUGUUCACCUCUACAAUCACUCCUCUGAUUGGCAUCGGUGUGAUCAGCAUUGAGAGAGCUUACCCUUUAACCUUGGGCUCCAACAUCGGUACCACCACCACUGCCAUCCUGGCUGCAUUAGCUAGCCCUAGACGUAGUUUAUAUAAUUCACUCCAGAUUGCCCUGUGUCAUUUCUUCUUCAACAUCUCCGGUGUACUGCUGUGGUAUCCACUGCCUUUCAUGCGCCUGCCAAUACGUCUUGCCAAGGGCCUAGGAAAUAUCACGGCCACCUACCGUUGGUUUGCCAUUUUCUACUUGAUUAUCUGCUUUUUCCUACUCCCAUUGAUAGUGUUUGGCCUCUCCCUAGCAGGUUGGCCCGUGUUGAUGGGUGUAGGGAUACCCUUCCUAAUAGUGGUGAUCUUAAUAAUGUUAAUGUGGGCCUUGGAUGCUCACCAUACAUUACCCCUCUGGAUGCGCUCCCUACAGCCUUGGGAUGAUAUGAUAACUGUCUUCAUGGACACAUGCUGCCAGAAAAACUGUUGCUACUUCAUUGGCCAGUGCUGCCAAUCCAUGUUCCUGCCCUGGAAAUGGAGCUCUUGUAAGGACCAGGGAAGGAAGACUGAUCCCCAAGAGACCAAGGAAGUCCCCAUCAAGGUCUCUGAGAACGUUGAAGAUGCUGAAGUCAUAAUAAAGAAGUCUCAGUCUUCGGUCAACACACAGGAGAAAAGCACACCCCUGAAGGUUUCUCGCAGCAGCAUGGCCAUAUAG